AUGGCUUCCUUGAGGAGCCCGUCUUCGCCGUCCGAUGGUUAUAAAAGGUUUAGUGAUGAAUUUGCAAACACCGGCGUCAACAAUUACGGCUCAAAUGUUACAAAUACACGCACCAGUGCAGAUGGCGCAGGCGACACGGGCACGCUGGACAUGGGCAGCCGGUCGUCGCUGCAUACUGGCCUGCAGAUGUCCGAAGACGAGCAUUGGGAGAUGAAUUAUCAUGAGGCAGCCAUAUAUUUGGAGGAAGGCUUAAAUAAUGAGAAGUUCGACUCCCAUCCAUCAAGCCCCGAGGAGCUACCGGCUUAUCUUCGCGUACACAACCCUUGGUACCACGGGCUGGACCUCCUCGCUUCCCUCGUUCUUAUUCUAUUAGCUUUUACUGAGGACCCUGCUGUACCUGCUUUUGAGCUACCAGUGUGGGCACACGGUACAAUAGAACUAUUAGCACUGGCAGUGAUCGGUGUGGAACUGCACCUCAAGCUGAAGUGGAUCGGCUGGACUACCAUACUCAAACACAAGAGGACCAUGAUUAAAGGCGUCACAUUACUAAUUAUGGUGCUGGAGGCUGUGGUGGUCCUCUGCCGUCAGUCGUCGCAUUUCAGAGUGACGCGCGCACUCCGCCCUAUAUUCCUCGUGGACACGCGGCACUGUGGUGGUGUGCGCCGAUUUAUCAGGCAGAUAUUGCAAUCACUACCACCUAUAUUAGAUAUGUUAGGUCUUCUAAUGUUUUUCGUUGCGACGUACUCUCUUCUGGGCUACUAUCUCUUCUCCGAGCACAUAGAUAACGGCCACUUCAAGACAAUUAGCGACUCUUUUGUUAGCAUGUUCGUUCUCCUAACCACAGCCAACUUCCCCGAUGUUAUGAUGCCUUCGUACGCCAAGUCAAAAUGGUACGCGCUGUUCUUCAUUCUCUACAUCAUCACGGUUCUUUACGUGCUAAUGAAUUUGAUGUUGGCCGUGGUGUACGAGACGUUCACUCGCAUAGAGCGCGAGAAGUGCCGCGCGCUGUUGCUGCACAGGCGUGUGGCGGCGAGGCGUGCCUUCCGGCUGCUGGUGUCGCGACGCGCGCCGCACGCGGUGCGAUUGCGUCACUUCGCGGGACUCAUGCGACACUACGCGCCGCACUAUAGCGGGCUGGACGUGUACCUGAUGUUCAAGCAGCUGAACGUGUCGGGGUCGGGCGGGCUGUCGCGCGGCGAGUUCGCGAACGUGUACGAGGUGUUCGCGCUGCGCUGGGCGCCGCAGUCGGCGCGCGCGCCCUGGUACGGCGCGUCGCCGCUCGAGCCGCUCGCGCGCGCCGCCGCCGCCGCCGUGCGCUGGCCCUACUUCGAGCACCUCGUCUAUGCGCUAAUCAUCGGUAACGGUGUGUCGAUGGUACUCCGUGUGUGCGAAGCUGCGGGCGACUUACAAGACAGCGCGCGGCUCCUGUGUGCCUCCUGGGACACUUGGCUAUUCCUCACACUAUUCCUUCUGGAGGCGGCUCUACGCAUGAUGGCAUCAGGUCUCACAGUGUACCUGGAGAGCGGCUGGAACGUGUUUGACCUGAGCGUGACGCUGCUGGCGCUCGUCGGCGCGGUCAUGCUUAGCAUUGCUCCAAAGCUAUUUAUAGUGGUCAUGUUUAGACCUUUAAGGUUAAUGCGACUAUACAAGUUGAAGAAGCGCUACCGUGACGUGUUCGGUACGCUGGUGCUACUGUCGCCGCUGAUGUCGUCCGCGGGCUGCGUCAUGCUCGUCAUGUACUACUUCUUCGCCAUCGUCGGCAUGGAGCUGUUCGCCGGCUACGACCUCAAGAACUGCUGCGUAAACACAACAGUGGAGGACUUCUACAAGUUCUCGGAGAACAGCUCAACUGCUCUGGGCUAUUACUAUCUGAACAAUUUCGAGAACAUUCUGACGAGCGGCGUGACCCUGUUCGAGCUGACGGUAGUUAACAACUGGUUCAUAUUGAUGAACGCUUACGCAACUGUCGCCGGGCAGUUCAGUAGAAUUUAUUUUAUGGUGUUCUACCUUUUCACGAUGGUCGUAUUGACGAUCGUGGUGGCCAGCGUGCUGGAGGCGUUUAGAUUUAGGAUACAGUACAAGAGGAGCACUACAAAGAGAGAUGAGGAGAAGCUACUUCACGAAGAAGUUCACACGAGUUGGGAGGAAGCUCAGCGGCUGGGUGCCAGUGGGGAUCUGGCCGAUGAACUGAGAUCUUUCUUACCUGCGGGAGUGGAAGUAACGUUCAUUGGCUCGAGACCACGUACAAAGGAAGUGUUGCAAAGACGUAUGUAUCAAGCUGAGAUACAGAAGUGGUUGGCAGAGGAGGAUGAAAGUGAAGAUCUACCUCCAUCUACUACGGUGACCUCAAGCGAGGAUCCCCUCGCUCCUCCUCUCAUCCAACAGCCUGAUGCCGAGACCAAUCACCAGAUCAGAACAGGAUAUCAGUUGUAG